AAAUAUACAAGUAGUCAGUUUGCCUAUGGUAUGGCAAUGCAUUUAAUUAUCUCUCAAGCAUGGCAGUUUGUUGCCAGUCUCUGUGAAUUUUCUGAAGAAAUCACUCACUUGCAUAGCAGGUAUAAUGGAGAAUACCUGAGAGCAUUUAAAGCAAGCUUCUGUAUGAGGCACGUGUCUAUUUUCAUUUUAACCUGCACUAUUUGCUAUAUCUUUUAUGAUGAAGAUCUGUUGCCAAGAUUCUCCUGCGUGAUUAACUUGACUCUGCUGUUCCUUUGUAAUUUGUUGGGCUGGCUUUGUGGGCUCCAGGGACCAACACCUGCAACUAUUUCUGAAAUUACAGAAAAAAGACACCUGAAUGUUGCUCAUGGGCUUGCAUGGUCUUAUUACGUUGGCUACCUCAAAUUUGUUCUUCCAGCCUUAAAGGUCUCAGUCGAAAGAUUUAAUGAAGAAAAUAACAAUUUACUGAAAUCUUCUAACACCUGCAGACUGCAUCUCUUGAUACCUUUAAGCUGCAGAAUAUAUGGGGACUUGAAAGAGAUAGAUGCGAAUAUAAAAUUUGUCAAGGAGAUCCCACCACUCUACAUUGAUCGGGCCGGGAUCAAGGGAAGAGUUUUUAAAAACAACGUCUAUCGCAUUUUGGAUGAAGAUCACAGGCCAUAUUACUGUAUUGUGGAAUAUGCUACACCUUUAGCAUCCCUGUAUGAAAUGUCAGAUGUAGCCAGUGCUGCCUUCAGUAAAGAUGAUCGCAUUGAACAGGCCAAACUCUUUUGUCGCACUCUGAAGGACAUCCUUGAAAAUUCACUCCAAUGCCCAAAUGUUUUUCGAUUAGUCAUUUAUGACGAUUGUCCUAAAGGUGAAGCUUAUAGUGAGCACCUGCUUUCCCGGGAAAUACUGAAGCAUUUAAAGCAGCAACAGUCUGAAGAAUAUGACCUUAGUAUAUAGAGCAUAAAGUAAUUGUAUCCCCAUCAUUAAAAGAGC